AUGAAAGGACUUGUCAGAUUGAGAUUAGCCCGUAUGGGUAGAAAACAUCAGCCACUAUACAACAUUGUGGUGAGCCACAAAAGAACGCGUAGAGAUGGAAAACCGAUCGAAGUGAUAGGAACUUAUGAUCCGAGACCUAGUCCGCUUACUCCUACACAACAAUCGGAGGGAGUGAUACCGGUGAAAGAUGUAAAGCUAGACUUCCAAAGAUCGAAGUAUUGGAUUUCAGUGGGCGCACAGCCAACUAAAACUGUUGAGGAUUUACUUAAGAAAGCUGGCAUCCUUUACCCAGAGUGGCCAUCUCCCGCGAGAAAUGCAAAGGUGACUCCUCGCGCGGAAAUUCCAAUAGAAGGUAAGAAGUUCGCCUAA